GAAGCCGCCCAUCACCUCCCUCCCCGCAAUGGCGACUCGCCGCCGCUCCUUCCCGCUCGUCCCGCUCCUCCUGUUCCUCCUGGCCGCCGCCGCCUACGGCCGCCUCAUCUCCGACGGCUCGCCAGCGGCACCGUCCACCUCCCUCCUCUCCUCCAACCCGGUCUCGGCCGUGUUACGCCUCUCCACCUCCGCCUCGCCGGCGGCCGCGGGGGAGAAGUGCGAGCAGUCGUACGGGUUCCUCCCCUGCACCACCACCGUGCUCGGGAACGUGUUCCUGGUGCUCGCCUAUGGGUUCCUCAUGUACAAGGCGGCCACCUUCCUGUCGGCCGGCAGUGAGCUGCUGCUCGAGAUCAUGGGGCCCGGCCUCGUCGGCGGCCUCCUCCUCCCCAUCCUCGGCGCCCUCCCGGACGCGCUCCUUGUCCUCGUGUCUGGUCUGUCCGGGAGCAGAGAGACCGCACAAAGUCAAGUCCUGAUCGGAAUGGGGUUGCUUGCUGGUUCGACUGUCUUUCUUCUCACCGUGCUCUGGGGAACCUGUGUUGUUGUUGGCAAGUGUGACAUUGGGCCAAAUGGUGUUGCAGUUGAUUUACAGAACAAUAAGGGCUUCAGCUUAACUGGCACAGGUAUUUCAACUGAUGUACAAACCAGCUAUGCAGCACGGAUCAUGGGAAUAUCUGUUAUUCCCUUUAUCAUAGCUCAGUUCCCGAAAAUGUUGAAGACUCACCACGGACAGCGUCUAGCUGUUUUGCUGGCACUUAUUGUCUCAUUCUUGCUCGUGCUCGCCUAUUGUCUAUACCAGGUUUUCCAGCCAUGGAUUCAGAGGAGGAAGCUUGCAUAUGCAAAGCACAAGCAUGUGAUCUCCGGAAUCCUCAGGAAUGCCCAAAAGGAAGCGCUCGGGCGUCUGCUUAAUGAGGAUGGCACACCUAAUGAAAAUGUCAUUAAAAAGUUGUUCCACAAGAUUGACAUGGAUCAGAGCCAAACCUUGUCCCGAUCUGAGCUUCAUGCGCUUCUCGUUGGGAUCAACUUUGAGGAGAUUGACUUUGACAAGGAGGAUGCUGUUGACAAGAUCAUGAAUGACUUCGACACAUCACGCAAUACGGUCGUCGAGGAAGCAGAGUUUGUCGAGGGGAUGAAGAGGUGGCUACACGAGGCCAAGCGCAGUGUGCCGGGUAGUGGUGCCUAUUCCACCAAGUUUAUGAGUGAUUACCAUGCGAGAACAAGGCAGGAGCACGACCUGCUGGUAGAAGCAUCUGAUGAGACAGUGGAGAGCGUUGAGAACCCUGGGUGGUGCAUCACCAAAGCCGUGGGGCUCCUGCUUCUGGGCAGUGCCAUUGCUGCUGCAUUCGCUGACCCGCUUGUUGAUGCAGUCCACAACUUCUCCAACGCCUCGCACAUCCCAUCCUUCUUCAUUUCGUUCAUCGCCCUCCCGCUGGCAACCAACUCCAGCGAGGCUGUAUCUGCGAUCAUCUUCGCUAGCAGGAAGAAGCUACGGACCAGUUCCCUUACUUUCUCUGAGGUAUAUGGUGGUGUGACCAUGAACAACACGCUGUGCUUGGGCGUGUUCUUGGCGCUCAUUUACAUCAGGAAUUUGACAUGGGACUUCUCAUCAGAGGUGCUUAUAAUUCUGCUCGUCUGCGUCAUCAUGGGACUCUUCACAAGCUUCAAAACCACAUUCCCACUCUGGACCUGUCUUGUGGCAUACAUGCUGUACCCGCUUUCGCUCGUCGUCGUCUACAUCCUCGACUUCGUCUUUGGCUGGUCAUAAGCUAACGCUUCUGAACUGCUUUUGACGGCUACUAUUGUUUCAGUUUGAUCUUGUAAAUUUGCGCCCCCACCCCCUGUAAUUUAUCUGUCUAGACUUCACGCUUUGCAUUGUAUGUUGUGCCUAUCUUAAAGUUCCUUUUUGUUCUAGUUUAUUCUGAUGUUGAACAGACAUGAACACAAUAACAAUUGAGAGUUACCUGAAAGUAGCAAAGCUCAAUUCUGGAA